UAAUUAAAUGCAAUAUCUUAACUGUGUGAAAAUCAUUAGAGUCUUUUUAACAUCAUCAAAAAAAAUUUCUAAAAAGAUUAUAUGAAAAGAUUCAUAUCAGGUCAUACUACACAUAGUUUGUAUUUAUUUACGAUUCGCUCUUCCUAAACUGUCAGGUUUGGUCAGACAGGAGAGGGAGGGCAUAUGGACUUACGGGUGAAUUUGCAUAAAACCAUCUGUCAUGAUGUACUGACACGAAAGUAGACUAAUGUCAGUGCUGUGCCUUCAGUCUAACACGUAUUGGCAUCAUGGCUUCACGUCUCACUCUGCUGGUUUUCUGCUUUUUCUUUAGACUGAGCUGCAGUGAGAGUUUGCCUGAAUGGGUCAGCAACAUUUCUUCCAACCUCUUCAGUUUGUCUGGGGACAUUAUGCUCGGAGGGCUCUUUCCCAUUAACGAUGUCACCAGCAGCCUCAGUGACAUAACAGAGCCCAACCAGAUAAGAUGUAAAAGUUUAAAUGAACGUGGACUGGGACUUUCUAUAGCCAUGAAAUACGCAGUGGAUGAAAUCAACGGAAACCAGACUCUCCUCCCUGGCAUCAAGUUAGGUUAUGAAAUCUAUGACACAUGCACACAAGCAUCAGUCAUUAUAAAGCCCACUCUGUCUUUCCUCACUGCAAAAUCCAGCCAAGAACUAUCUGUGCAGUGUAAUUACACCGACUAUGAGACCAGUACAGUUGCAGUGAUUGGUCCUCUUGUGUCAGAAAUGGUGUCAGUCAUUGGAAAACUCCUGGGAUUCUUUUUGAUGCCACAGAUUAGCUAUGGGGCCACCAGUGACAAAUUCAGUGAUGAUGUUUCCUACCCGUCAUUCUUUCGUACGGUGCCCAGUGACAAAUUGCAAGUGGAUGUCAUAAUAAAGCUAAUACAGGAAUUUGGGUGGAACUGGGUGGCAAUUGUGGGCAGUGACGAGGAGUACGGACAACGAGGUGUGCAGAUGUUCACCAAACUGGCAGACAACACAUCUAUCUGUGUGGCCUAUCAGGGCCUGAUUCCAGUGUACACUGACCCUGAACCAGCGAUCGAAACCAUUAUAGGCAAUAUAAAAGACACUAAAGUCGGAGUGGUGGUCGUGUUUACUCUUCCAGAGCAAACUAAAGUCUUUUUUAAAGAGGUUAUCAGGAGUAAUUUAACAGCUGUAUGGAUUGCCAGCACAAGUUGGACCAUCCAUGCUCAAGUGACUUCUCUGCCUGGCAUUGAUAAAAUUGGAACAGUCAUUGGAUUCCUUGACAAAAUAGGCACGCUCGGCCUGUUCACCGAUUAUGCAAUGGAGCUCUUCAAGAAACUCAGUGCAGACCGGGCAAAGACAUCCACUCUGACCACAAAUCUUAAUUAUCCAAACAAUCGCUGCCCACAAUGCUGGAAUUUGUCACCAGACAACAUUAGCAUAGUGGAAGCACCUGCAGUGCAAAGAUCAGCUUUCAGUGUGUAUGCUGCUGUUUACAGUGUAGCACAGGCACUGCAUAACCUGCUGGAGUGCACUUCAACUGCCUGUAAGUGGGGAUCUGGAAGCAAAAUCUAUCCCUGGAAGCUGUUGGAGACUUUAAGGAACACUUCUGUUAACAUCAAUGGCACACGUAUAGAGUUUGACAAUAAUGGCAACCCAAACAUGGGUUACAAUGUCAUUCAGUGGGACUGGAAAGACCCAUCAAAAGUGAAUUUUAAAACUGUGGGAAAUUAUACCGAAGAGAAACUGUUCCUCAAUAAGGCCCUCUUCUAUUGGUCAGCUGACAAGGUUCCUACAUCAAACUGUUCAGCAAAAUGUGACGCAGGUCAGGUCCACAGAGUCAAAGGCUUCCAUUCCUGCUGUUUUGACUGCAUUGACUGUCUUGCUGGCACUUACCAGGCAAAAAAUGAUGACACCCAGUGUACUAAGUGUCCCAACCGUCAGUGGUCCCACAAUCGCAGCACGAACUGCACUGACCCCAUCUUUAAGUUUUUGGAGUGGCACAGCCAGGAUGCUGUGAUAAUGAUGCUGGUUGCUACGCUCCUGCUGAUAUGUCAGGGUACGGUGGGUGUCGUGUUCCUGAUGCACCGAGGAACCCCCCUGGUAACGGCCUCGGGGGGUCCCUUCAGUUUUGUGGCUGUGCUCGCCCUGAUGGGAGCAUGCCUCAGUCUGCUGUUUUUCCUGGGGAAGCCAGGGGAUGUGGUGUGUCGUCUUCAGCUGCCCUUCACCUCCUUUUUCCACACUGUCACCCUCUCCAUUAUAGUUUCCAUCUCACUACAGAUACUCUGUGUGACAGAGUUCCCAGAGAUGGCUGCCUCUCACCUGCAUACAUUAAGAGGCCCUGCGAGCUGGCUGUUUGUGCUGAUCUGCUGCGCUGUGCAGGCUGGUCUCUGUGGCUGGUUUGUUCAAGAAGGACCUUCAUUGUCUGGAAAAGUGGCAAAUAUGACAAUAGAUUUUGCAGAAUCAUUCCUCUCGUGUCCUGUUUCACCUUUGAUUGGAUUUGCCUUAAUGCAGGGUUUCAAUGGUGCAAUGGCCCUUGUAUCCUUCAUGUGCACCUUCAUGGCAGUGAAGCCUCUUCAUCAGUAUAACCUAGCCAGAGACAUCACCUUUUCCACCCUGAUCUACUGUGUUAUUUGGGUGAUCUUUAUUCCAAUCUACACAGAAAACAACAGAGAUAAUAACAAGAACAGGUCAAUUGUCCAUGUUUAUUUCAGCCUGGCAAGCAACUUUGGACUACUGGCAGCCUACUACUUCCCAAAAUGCUACUUGCUGUUAAGGAAACCUGACUUAAACACAGCAAAGUACUUCUGUACCUUCUUAGAGGGCGUCCCACCAACUCAAACCCAGCCGAAACCACAGGAAGGGCAAUAAACAAAUAAACUGCACAUGAAGUCAAUCAAAGAAUCGUGUAUUCUAAAAACCAAACAUUACAUUACAUUUGUGGUUGUGUAAUAUAUAACAAAGGCUAGUAGACUAUAAAAUACACCAGAUUAGGUUAAAAUAAGCAUUUUAUCCUAAUACUCUGCAAGCAUGUAACCCAUACAGCAAAUAACAAAGAGUGCAUUGUGUUUGUUUAGUAACCCGAAGUCUAUGGGUUCACAUUUGUUGCUGAUUAUUUUUGAGGAAUAUUGUUUUGCAUGUAUUAAUGUUAGUCACAAAAGCAUUAACCGAAUAAAAAUAAUAGUGCAACUAAACUUAAUGUACUGCAAAAUGUUUGUUUUUUUUAAUAUGCAUGUUUGCAGUUUUGAAAUACACUGUUAGAGA